AUGCCGCGCCGCAGCUACACCCCCGAAGCCUCCACCGCGCAACUACCAUCGCAGUCGCAUGCCAAUUCCAAACCACGCGAAUCGCGCGCCCACAAGAAACACCAUCGCUCCCACCGUUCGCGCUCCCCCCGUCGCGACGAAGACACCCACCACCACAAGCGCCACCGCUCGCGCUCACCCGCCGCACCACGACCCAUAGACCUACCCUACAAAGCCAAGCCGCUAUCAAAGCGCCACUACGACGACUACAAACCGCUCUUCCAAUCCUACCUCGACAUCCAGAAAAACAUCCAACUCGACAGCCUCGACGAGCGGGAGGUAAAGGGACGAUGGAAGAGCUUCGUCAGUCGCUGGAACCGGGGGGAGCUAGCGCGGAGCUGGUACGAUCCUUCGAUGCUGAAGACGGCGCAGGAGACUGUGCAGACGUAUCGUGCGACUUCUCCUGUAGCGCCCAGGAAAAGAGCGUCGCCGAGCUAUGCGCGGAAAGAAGAUGAAGCUUCAGACGCAAGCGACGACGACUUCGGUCCCGCGCCGCCUACGAACCUCCCCAGACACACCGGCCACGGUCCCACAAUCCCCAACAUGGACGACCUAACCCUCCGCAACGAACUCCUCUCCGAAGACCGCGCGCAUGGCCAAUCAAACUACAUAGACGACAUCCGACACGCCCGCAAAACGGAUCGGAAAUCGCAGAAAGAGGCUCUAGACGACCUCGUCCCCCGCGCGGACCCCAACUCUCGUGAACGCCAACUAGAGAAGAAGCGCGAAACAACAUCCACCCUAAACUCCUUCCGCGACGCCAAAGAAGCAGGUGAAGUCGACGUGCCCGAAUCAGAUCUCAUGGGCGACGACGGCAUCGAUGUGUAUAAGAAGAAAAAGAAGGAGCAAGAGAGGCAGAAGAACGAGAGGGAGAUACGACGCGAGGAGAUUGCGCGGGCGAGGGAGGCGGAGAGGAAUGAGAGACUAGCGGAACGAAGGGAGAAGGAGGCGGGGACUAUGGAGUUUUUGAGGAGAAUUGCUGCGGAGAGGUUUGGGUAG